GCGGGUAUUGGGAGAUGAAGGGGGUGCAGGCGAGGAGGAGAUGGUGGCAGUGCAGCAGCGGGGAUUAGAAGUGGAGCAGGGACCGCAGUCUGAUUCAAGACCGUAUCACCGUGGCAGUCCGAAUCAGACUCAGACUCAGUCCGCGGGUCAGAAUAAGAAUCAGAAUCAGAAUCAGAAUCAGAAUCAGAAUCAGAAUCAGAAUCAGAAUCAGAAUCAGAAUCAGAAUCAGAAUCAGAAUCAGAAUCAGAAUCAGAAUCAGAAUCAGAAUCGUGCCUCGGGUCAGUUCAAGGCGCCAGCGGAUCGUCCUCACAGAGUGAAGGUGAAGCGGGUGCAUGUGCACACGUCAGCAGCACAUGCCGACACAUCAGCAGCGCACAUCCACUCUCCAGAUGCACCUGUGGGAGCCUCCAAAAAACGCCCGCGAGAGGGAAUGGAGGCAAUGGCUGCAGACCCAGCGGACCCUGUCUACCCAGUGGACCUAGCAGGCCGUGCCGCUGCGCUAGAAGACCCUGCCGCUCUAACAACCGCUGGUACCCUCACAGAUUCGUCUGCUCCAGCCCAGAAGCAGUACGUGUAUGCCCCCAGCUCCCCAGGCGGCCUCAUGCACUCUGGUGCGGCAGCAGCCGCCGACUCAUGGAUCAUCAGCCACAGCCCUGCGCACAAGCCCACAUCACCAGCGGGAGGAGCGAGCAGUGGGAGCACCCUUUGCAACACCUAUGCUAGUACUGCUGGCAUCACAGGUGGCAGCACUGGCAGCACGUUUGGCACCAGCUUUGGCGGCGGUGGUUCCUUAGGCUCCAGGGAGCAACUAGGUAGUAGCAGUGGCGGCUGCACUGGUGCUGUUUCUGGUCUUGCUGCUGCUGCUGCUGCUACUGCCGCUGCUGCUGCUGCGGCUGCUGCUGUCUUCCCUUCUGGUGAUUACAGUGGCAGUGGGUUUGGUGGUGCCUCGUUUGGUUCGGUGGCCCCGGGCAUGUUUGGCGCAGGAUCGGAGCUCUACGGGCCUCCUUUGAGCCCAUUCCCGCACCUAUCCUCCUUCCCGUCUCCCUCUUUGCCCUCCUCCUUUCCCUCCCCGUCCCUCGCCCUCCCCUCGCCUUCCCUAACCAUGUCUCCAACCCCGUACACGCUACCAGCGGCCCACUCCUCACCUGCUCACCACAUCCCCCCAGCCUCACCCGUUACAGAUGCACCCGUUACAGCGUCGCCUUAUGGAAUAAUGCAAGAAAUUCCGAGGGAAGGAAAUGCAGUGGGGAAUGAGGGGGAGGGGUGCGAGAGGCCAGAGAGUGAGAGCAUCCGGCAGGCUAACGAAUGGAUGGAUGUGGAGGAAGUGAGUGCAGAGGCAGAGCUGGGAGGAGCCCAAGCAGUGCAAGCAGCACAAGGUGCUUCUGACCUACGGAAUGCAGCGGGUGCUGCUGGCACAGCUGCUGCUGACGUAGCUGCUGGUGACGCAGCUGCUGCUGACGGCGUGGCAAGCGUGUAUGCCUGUGAUGCUAGCAGAGGAGCAGCAGAAAUUUUCGCUGGUGCUACUGCUUCUGUCGGUACAGGUGCUGCUCCCAGCAGCGGUAGGAGCCCAGUGGGUCUUGAAUCUCCAGAUUUGGCUUUGGCGAGCAUGGGAAGCUAGGUUGGUGGGGCAUGAGUUGGGGUCUGGAGAGUUGGUGGGGAGGGGACUAGAUAUGGUGUGAUAGUAUCACCUACGCUAAAAUUGUGAUCAAUUACAAUGCGUUGGUAGCCUAAACCG